UUGUUGAAAAUUCAGUAGUCAAUUCGUUACGGUUUGACAAUGAAAACUUUUAUUGCUCUAAGUUUGUUCGUAGCUAUUGCCUCAGCUGGCACUUUGCCCGUUGUUGAGCAACGUCUUCCCUUGGUACCUGUUAUGCCAUUGGAGGAAUUGGAAGGUCGUAUUACCAACGGUGAACUUGCCAAACCUGGUCAAUUCCCCUACCAAGCUGGUCUAAGUUUGGUUUUCGGAAACAAAGGUGCCUGGUGUGGUGGUACUUUGAUUUCCAACCGCUGGGUAUUAACUGCUGCUCACUGUACCGAUGGUGCUGAUGGUGUUACUGUUUACUUGGGUGCUACUGAUAUCAAGAACGAUAACGAAAAAGGUCAACAAAGAAUCUACACCUCCAAGGCCAACAUUGUUGUACAUGCCAACUGGGAUGCCAGCACCUUGUCCAACGAUAUCUCCUUGAUCAAAUUGCCUGUAGCAGUUGAAUUCAAUGACCUUAUUCAACCUGCUACUUUGCCCAAGAUGGAUGGUAAAUACUCCACCUAUGAAGGUGAUAUGGUUUGGGCUUCUGGCUGGGGUCGCGAUAGUGAUGCCGCUACCUCUGUGUCUCAAUACUUACGUUAUAUCGAAGUUCCCGUCUUGAAACAAUCCACCUGUAAAACUUACUACUUGGGUACAGUAACCGAUAAGAUGAUUUGCAUCAAGUCAGUUGACAAGAAAUCCACAUGCAAUGGUGACUCUGGCGGUCCUUUGGUCUACAAGGAUGGUGGUGUUAACUAUGUUAUUGGUGCUACCUCAUUCGGUAUUGCUUUGGGUUGUGAAAAGGGUUGGCCUGGUGUAUUCACCAGAGUUACUUCCUACUUGGAUUGGAUCGAAGAAGUUUCUGGUGUUGUCAACAAAUAAAUGAAAUGGAGUACAAUUAUAAAACGAUUAUUUAAAUAAAAAACCGUAAUUAAAUUUUA